AUGUCACGUUGGCUUGCUGAGAAGAAAGAGGAGGUGGACCUCACGAAGUUUCACCAUUUUGCCAAGACAUAUUUCAGCUCUUCGGCAUGCCUUAUUCUCGCCGUGGGCGGCUCUUUCCCUGACACGACGGCAGGAGGCGAGAGCGUCGAAGAGGCCGAGCCGCACUGGCGCAGGGUCGAUAAUCGGAGGGCAGUUGCCCUACAGGAGCGAAAUGACGACAGUGGAAUGGUGGCCUCCAAGUCCAUGGAAAAUCUCUGUUUCGGUGGUGUUGCUGCCGUGUAUCCACAGGCGAAGAUGCCCAAGAAGUACCGCGCAGCUGCGAAAGGUGAAGUCAGCACCUACCGAGGAGCCGGAGUUCUCCCAGUGACAAGGCUGGAAGAUGGCCAAGCGCGUGUCCUUCUCUGGCAGCCACAGAGCGGGAAGAAGAAAGGUGUCCGGUGGUACGACUUCGGAGGUCGGAAGAAGGUCCCCGAAGAGUUCGCCAGUUUUGGUUUGGUCGGCUCCCAGCGCCAACUUGAGGCCUCUCGCAGAGAAUCCCGCAGAGUAGCCAUGGAGGACAGCUCCAACCCAGUCUCGCUGGACUGCGCAGCGUCGGUGGACAUGCCCAUGGAUGUGGAGGCCGUGGCAGCCACACAGCUGGACCCGGCCACGCAGCUGGACCCUGCCACUCCUCCUGAGGAGGCUUUGACGGCGACCCUGAGGGAGGAGACACCGGCAGUGACUCCAGUCAAGAAGCGGAGGCAGUCCCACGAGGCCCUGCUGUCUCCAGUGAAGACGUCUCCUGCAGCGUCCGCCUCGUCGUCCUGGGCCAUAGUCAAGGAGGAUCCGUACCUCGCAUCACCAAGUCCAUCCGUGAAGAGUCCCAUGGAGCUUGCAGACGAGGAGCUUCAGAAGGUGCUGCAGAAGCACCUGGGCAGGCACCUGGAGCCUCUGUCUCAUGUCCUGGAACAGGCCGCACACCCGGUGCAGAAGCGGCUGGUCUUGCUCUACCUGGUCGGGCUGCAGUGUGGCAUCCACCGUCCUGAGGGACAGCGUGAUUUGGUGCACCUGACCUCGGACGGAUUCUGGCUUCCAGUGCUGGAGCGGUUUCUUCAGGGCAUCCUGGAGAAGUAUCACAGUGAGAAGAGAAAAAUCGGCUCUGCUGGCUUUGAGUCCAUAACGACGCGGGCAGAGCGAAGCGGCCUCAGGCUGCCGAGCACACAGCGAAGUACCAUUGCGGCUGUUGACGUGCCGCACUUGGAGGCGCCGGCCCACUAG